AUGUGAUGGACAGGCAGCAUCCAUCUUCGGCCAUUGCGAUCGACCACUGCAUCAUUUAUCACGAGUGACCACUUGCGAUCAGCUUUUUCUUGAUCCUCAACUCAGUUGUCAGGAUUUAUCUAUUAUAACUCCUCAUGCCAUUAUUUUUGAGCUUUUUUGGCUUGCUGUCCCCUUGACCACAAUGCCGCCGCCGUCGCUGCUGCAGCUUAGCACGGCGACUGCUAUCAGGAAUGUGAAGUUUUUAAAUGACAUUGGCAAUAUUCCAUAUCCCCUCGCUCGCCCGUUCCUCCUCAAAAUCGAAAGCCCAGAGAAACUCAGAUUGAUAGAACAACUAUCCCCCCAUAUAUCCAAAGACGACGACGAACUAUGGCUCGAAUUCAUAAAACGAGAUAUACCCCGGUGGGACGAGUACGACUUGCCCGAGAAGUCCGAUUGUUGGUAUGACGUAUACUGCGACCUCCGGGAACAGGUUCAGAAAGCAGUGGAGGAAGAUGCAGAGAAACUGAAGAUGGCGCUGGAUGGCAUCAGCUCUGAGCGUGCUGAAAAAAGUGCAAAAUUCGUGCCCGACCGACGAAGCCUUCGUCUUCCCCAGGAAAGGCCGACCGCGAAGCAACGAUAUGCUUCAUACGAUCGAAAAAUGGGCGGCCUUGCACCUGUCUUUUCCAGUGCCAAUUCCGGUCUCAGUAGCACCAGUUCAGAUCCCCAAGGGCCGUCUGCAUGGUCUUUCGAACGUCCUUCGCUUCCGCGAGAUACAAAGAAGAAAAGCAACAUCUUUACUACCAAGAAAAGAAAUAAUGUGCUGGCCAUUCCAACAAAGCAGCUGCAUAACCGAGCUUCUCAAGUCAGACAGGCGCCUCGUUCUCUUGUUGAAGAGCACAGGCGACCAUCUGAGCCCAUUGCGCCUCGACGUACGGGGCCUCCACCAUCAGUCGCACCUGGACGGUUAAUUGCACCUGGACGGUCAAGGCCACAAGGCUCCCUUAAUCCUGCAAGCCAGAAUAAUCAAACAAUUUCGCCAUCACUUCAAGAAAGAGAGGCAAGGCUGCGAGCCUUGAAGUCUGGGAACCCAGUAAGCUCACGGGCUUCGGCGUCAUCUUCUGCGCCAAAAACUGCAACGACUUCAUCGCCGGCCAGGGAUUUGUCAAGGGCCUCUGCCACGGGAGCUAAACCCAAGACUCAGCAUCAAACGCCAACCCGCGAAUCAUCCAGGCCUGUUGGAGCGGACACCAGUUCAAAUGACGACGAAUCUAAAACCUCCCCGGCACAGGCACCGCGCCCUAUGGUUCGAAAACGAUUAGCCCCCAGUGUCUUCAUGCAGCCCAAGAAGAGAAAAGUCACCUGAAAACAUUAUACCCUUCAUUUCUCUUUAACCUCCCGACCAUUACUUCUUUUUCAACACAUUCUACGGCCAGUAGAUGCAUCCUUGUUAUAUCUGACUGGCAUGUGACGAAAGCAUGAUUAUUCCAUGUUAUUUUAUCGGCGGCGUUCUACAAUACUCAUAGGUGUACGGAUAUAGGAAGCUUUGUUUUCUUUCUUGGAUGAUACUAGGAUAGCCUUGGUAGCCCUUUGUUGCAUCAUUCAAUGGAGUUUUUUUCGAGAUGGUCUCUGGCGUUUUA